GGAAGAUCUCUGUGGAGGAAAGACUGAAGGUAACUGAAGGAUGAAACUUGCUGAUUCAGUCAACCCAUCCAGGGCGGUUUCCUUGCUGCUGUGCUGGAUACUUCCUAACCUCACCAUGAGCGCGGACGAAGACGCCCGCUGGCUGGAAUGGGUAACGCAACAGUUUGAGAACAUCGCAGGAGAAGAUAAAGAGAUUGACCUUGAUGAGUUUAAGACUGCACUGAAGGUCAAAGAGUCAUUCUUCGCAGAACGAUUCUUCUCUCUCUUCGACUCGGACGGCAGCAGUAGCAUCAGUCUGGAGGAACUUCUGAAGGCUCUCGACCUCCUAAUACAUGGAAGUGAGACAGACAAGCUGCGCUUCCUGUUCCAGGUUUAUGAUGUGGAUGGUCAGACUCCGCCCCAAACCACACCCAUCUACAGGUCGUACCGUUACAAAGAUCUGUGCUCUCAGUGUCUUCUACAUGCAGGUAGCGGGUCCAUCGACCCGGACGAGCUUCGAACAGUGUUGAAGUCCUGCCUUCGUGAGAGUGCCAUCUCUCUGCCAGAUGAGAAGCUGGACGACUUGACGAUGGCGCUCUUUGAGUCUGCAGACAAAGAUAACAGCGGCGCUAUCACCUUUGAGGAGCUCAAGGCAGAGCUGGAGAACUUCCCUGAGGUCAUGGAGAACCUCACCAUCAGUGCUGCCAACUGGUUGAAGCCUCCAGAGACCGAUCAGAAAAAGCGCCGGACUCCGAGGUACCUGACCAGGGUCUACUGGCAGAACAACAGCCGAAAGCUCCUCUUCCUGUGUGUGUACGCCUGCGUCAGCCUGCUGCUCUUCAUCAUGGCUGCCAUGCAGCACCGCCAGGGUGGGGGUUGGUACAUGAUUGCCAAGGGCUGCGGCCAGUGCCUCAACUUCAACUGCACGUUCGUCAUGGUACUGAUGCUGCGCCGCUGCCUGACGUGGCUUCGAGCCACCUGGGUGGUUCGGGUCCUACCCCUGGACCAGAACAUCCUACUGCACACCAUUGUGGGCUACGCCAUUCUUUGCUAUACGUUGGUCCAUACCACUGCCCAUAUCUUCAACUUUGUCAAGAUGUCAGAAAAGAGCGAGUUCUCUCUUUGGGAGUACCUCCUGACCACCAGGCCUGGCAUCGGCUGGGUGAAGGGCACUGCCUCGCUGACAGGAGUGGUCCUCCAAGUGCUCAUCUGUCUGAUGGUCCUCUGCUCCAGCACCUUCGUCCGCCGCAGUGGACACUUCGAGGUCUUCUACUGGUCCCACCUGUCCUAUGUCUGGGUCUGGUCCCUCCUCAUGGUCCACUGUGCUAACUUUUGGAAGUGGUUCGUGGCUCCGGGUCUCAUCUUCCUGCUGGAAAAAAUCAUUGGCAUCGCUGUGUCUCGGAUUGGGGGUCUUUAUAUCGUGGAAGUGAACCUGCUGCCAUCUAAGGUGACUCACCUGGUGAUCCGACGUCCUCAGUUCUUCCACUUCAAACCAGGUGACUACGUCUACAUCAACAUCCCGGUCAUAGCCAAGUAUGAAUGGCAUCCAUUCACCAUCAGCAGCGCUCCUGAGCAGCCAGACACCAUGUGGCUACACAUCCGCUCCAUGGGCCAAUGGACCAACAGGCUCUAUGAGUACUUCAGGCAGCCCGAAGAAGCAGUGGGUCCAAAACGCAUGACGGCAAGUCUGAGGUCCAAACAGCUGACCAAUGCUCAGCAGGAAGAUCUGUUCGGCAACACUAACGGGGCGGUCGCAUCUAAUGAAGAUGAUGCUGUUGAGCUCACAAUGUACCGGCAGAACGGCUCUCGAUCCUCUAGCCUGGUUCACUUCCCGGGCACUGAAUCCACGCCACCCUCGGCCUCUUCUACUGAUGAGUUGGGGCCUGUAGAGAGAGGAGAGGCUCAACCCACUAGAGAGGCUUCAGUAAAGUUUGGUGAGAACCACAGAUUCUGCAACAUCAAGUGUUACAUCGACGGCCCGUACGGAACACCGACCAGACAGAUAUUCGCAUCGGAACAUGCGGUUCUGAUCGGAGCCGGCAUCGGUAUCACACCAUUUGCCUCCAUCCUGCAGAGCAUCAUGUAUAGGUAUCGACGCAGGAAGCAGAACUGUCCCAACUGUAACUACUCCUGGUGCGAGAAUAUCAAAGACAGCGAGAUGAAGCUCCGCAAGGUGGACUUCAUCUGGAUCAACAGAGACCAGAAAUCCUUUGAGUGGUUUGUCAGUCUCCUGACCAAACUGGAAAUGGAUCAGGCUGAUGAGGAGCCUGAAGGGCGGUUCCUGGAGAUGCACAUGUACAUGACUUCAGCACUCAGUAAAAACGACAUGAAAGCCAUCGGCCUGCAGAUGGCGCUGGACCUAUUGGCUAAGAAGGAGAAAAGAGACUCAAUCACGGGACUGAGGACCAGAACUCAACCAGGCCGCCCAGAGUGGGGCAAGGUGUUCCAGAAGGUGGCGCAGGAGAACAAAGGAAAAGUUCACGUCUUCUACUGUGGCUCCCCAGCCCUCGCCAAAGUGAUCAAAGCUCAGUGUGAGCAUUUUAACUUUAACUUCUACAAGGAGAACUUCUAGACGAGUGUGUCGGCUUCACAACAUGAGUAGAAUGUUCAUGUUUACUGUGAGAAAGCAAGACGUAAAAGCUGAUCAGUCAUGUCAUCUAAUGUUCAGGUUGAGUUAAUUUCUUUUGCCUGAUUAAAAAAAUGUCUGGUGAAUGAAAAACAAUUGACUGUC